AUGGCGGUGAGGUGGGCAGAACUGGAAAACGUAGCAAUUCGGGAUUUAUCGCAUUCGCUGAUUCCAUUUUUGCCUCACCGGCCAAACUCUAGUACCCAAAUCAAAAAACUUACUGUUGAAGAAAUUGAAUUUAUUAGUGAAGGAAUCAAGCCAAUUCGGAAUCACGAACUCCCUGAGAACGUAAACCAACAUUUCAGUGAUAUAGCUAGAGGAGUGGGGAAGAUCACGAGAACAAACUAAUGGGAGCAAAUUCUUUUGUUGAAUUUUCCUUCUUUCAAUUUUACCAUCCCCAAUUCUUUCACUAGCUUCUGAAGCACCAAAACAAAUGCGUUUUUCUCACUAAAAUUCUUUCUUGGGCUGCGUUUGCAUUCCAAUUUUACACCUGUUCAAGUUUCCUGCAAUGUGCUUUUUGGUUCGAUUUUGGAGGCUAAAGCUUGCAAUGCAGCAAAAUAUUUCCUUCAAGUUUCGGGUUUUAGUCCCGAGCAGGUUUUAGAACGCCAUAUAUGUUGUCUUUGUGAUGGUUGAAUGGUUCAGGAAUCAGGAUUCACUUGAUGUGUUCUUGAAGCUUGGAAUUCAGCUUUGUUGGGUUCUAGUUUCGGGAGGACUGAUCUUGUUUGGAAAUUGCAUAAUGAAAUGUUGGAAUCUGGGGUUGUGGCAGAUAUUGAUGUUGAGAGAGUUGAAUAUUUUAUUUGAGCCUUUUGUGCUGAUAGUCAACUUCUGAAUGGUUAUGAAAGACAGGUUUUAGAAAAGGGGGUUGUCCCUAGAAAUAUUACUUUCAAUGCAUUGAUAUCUGGGUUUUAUAAGUGGAGGAAUUAUGCAAGAGCGCUUCUUCACACAACGAUAGCCAAGAAUUGUGCUUCUGAGAUUAAUACAUAUCCGGAAGUCAUCAAUGGACUUUGCAAGUAUAAAAUGUCACUUUUGAGGCCUUAGAUUUUCAAUGAUCUUGAAGAUAGAGGCUAUGCCCCAGAUAGGGUCAUGUAUACAACGACUCAUUGUCUUUGUGAGAUGGGAUGGCUUGGUGAUGCUUAGAAGCUUUGGUUUGAGAUGAUCAAUAAGGGUAUUCUUCCGAAAGAAUACACGAUUCAUGGAAUUUCUAAGAAUGAAGAUUUUGAAGAGGCUAGGAAACUGUAUGAUGAUUUUUUAUUUUAGGUUUUCUGUUUGGGAUAGGUUAUUCUCUUAGAAAUGGGCAUAUGCUAUUCUUUGGUUAGUAAAAUCUGCAAAAGCAGUACUCUUUAUUCUGAAACUUGCCUGGACAGGAUCCUGGAAAGAAAUUAAAUUGGGCGUUUUCAACUUGUUUGUAACUCCUGCAAGGAAAAGAUAUACAAUUUGCCUUCCCAUUUUUUCUUUAAUCUCCUCUAUGGAAUUACUAUAGUCUAAUAAGUGCCUGUAAUCAGCUACUUUAAAUCCGAGUCAUAAAAGCUUCAACUGGAGUGUUAUUUUCAGUGAUUGAUGCUUGUGAUUUAUCAUUUGUCCUUAUUUUGAAUUGGAAGAGCAGCAUGUUGUACUAGGUUCUUCUGCCAAGUGCGAAAGCUACUCUGGCAUUUUUAUUGAUUCACCUUUGUGAAUACUUAUUGCUCCUUUGACCUGGAACAAUGCUCCAAUGAGAGGCCAACACGCCAAUGAAAAAUAGCUCGUUGUAUCGGUCCUACCCCUACACAUGCGAAAGAGAGAACGUGUUAUGAAGUUCAUCUUGUUGAAAGAAAUACGGUUCUUAGUUGGCUUAAGCCCUGCAAAAGAUAAGAAUUGUUUUUCGCCAAAUUAAGUGGAAAGUUGACCAAUAAGAUGGACCAAGUGGAUCCUGUUGGAUUGUUAAGUCCUUCCUCAUGUGGCUAGUGUGCUCUCAUAUAUUGGAGAAUCAUAAAGCUUUGUAGUUGUUUCA